CUAAUUAUCGACGCUCCUUCCUUUCCCUCUUGUCUCUCUCGGUCGCUACCUAGAGUUUUUAUUGAAAGCUUGAAUCGAUCGACUGAGGUAACCAAAGGUCAAGCGAACCGGGAAAGGGUUUUCAGUGAAAUCUACCGUUACUCUUUGAAAUCGGAUCCAAUCCUACCUUCGCCCCAUCCUUCUUGCCUCUAUCGGUUGCUACCUUGGGUUUUUCGUGAAAGCUUGAAUCGAUCGACUAGGGUAACUAAAGGGUAAGCGAACCGGGAAAGGGAAGCAAUAAAUCCAACACUCACUCUCAAAUCGAUUCUACUGGACAAGGUUUCAAUUUGGGGCUCUCUACAUUCUCAUCGAUUCUACUUUCAUUCAAGCUUACAUCGGUUUUUUUGGUAUCCAGUAACCGAAGCUUACAUUCUCAUCGAUUCCACUUUCUCUCUCUGAACAAAAAUAUCUCAUAUUCUCUAAAAGCCCUAAACCAGCCACCGCCGGCUAUCACCUCCACCAUCGUUGACAUCGUCCUACUUCCCAGAUGGUCUGUGUGUGUGCGCGGCAAGACUGAACAGAAAAUGGGAAAGAAAAGAAAAAACGAGCAGAAAGAGAGAAAAGAGAGUUUAAGGCUGAGGGGAGGAUGCAUCAGAGUUGAAGGUAUUGUUGUUGAACUUAUGGAAGGGGGGGCUAAUGGCGAAAAAACAGCAGGAGCUGAGAAGAUGCUUCCUAUUAUUCUGGAUUCUGUCCAUUUUAAAGGUGGAACAUUAUUGUUGCUUGCAUAUGGUGACAAUGAGCCCAGGUGUUGCAAAGGUUAUCCUGAAGAAGGGGAAAACACAACUGUUUCGUGAUGGAAGCCCAAUGGUUUACAGCGGUGCAGUUGAUAGAAUUAUUGGUAGACCACCCCCAAAAACAGGUGACGUUGUGCUGCUGGCUGACGGGACACGAAAGCCAAUCGGUUGGGGCUUGUACAACUCGUGCUCUAUGUUCUGUGUGAGGCUCAUGCAGCUAGAGGAGGAAGUAUCAGGAGAUCCUUCUUGUGCAUUGAAUGUGGAAAAGCUGCUUGAAACAAGAAUAGAUGCAGCCAUCAAAUUACGUAAGAGCUUGGGCCUCCCUUCUGCCAAUACAAAUGCAUAUCGUCUUGUGAAUAGUGAAGGAGAUAGGCCUUAUAGUUGAUGUGUUUGGGGAUUUGGCUGUGAUUGCGUCGUCAGCUGCAUGGGUUGAGAAGUACAAGCUGCAUUAAUUGUACAUGAGAGUAUUAUAUUCGUUUAAUGGUUGCAACAUUAAUGCAACAAAUUACAAGUUGGUUCAUUCCGGUGCUUAUUUUGAUAUAUGCGAAUUUUUUUCUGUAAAAGAAGUUAUAAAAGUUAAAAGUUUACAUUGUCUAUGAAGACUGUGAUCAUAUUG